AGCCGGUUCUAGCCUUCUGAAUCAGACAAGAACACAGUUGUGAACACCACCAUAGCAACCAUGCAGCUGUGCUACGGACCAAUGGCGUGCCUCGCUCUCUUCGCUGUCAUUCUCUCGUUAACAGCCACUGACACUGACGCCAACAAGGUUCACAACUGUUGCACAAAGGUCUCCAAGCAGAAGAUCACCGUUCCCAUCAUCGGCGCCAGACUGCAGAAAAAGGCCCUCCCCUGCGUCAACGCUGUCAUCUUCGAGACCGACAACGGAGAGACCAUCUGCAGCCAUUGGAAAGUGUCCUGGGUUCGAAAAGCAUUCUUCCAACUGGAGAUGGCCAGAAAGUCACUGGACACACAGGUCCCCACCGCCAACUCCCCCACCACAUCCCCAUAGAGGACGCUCUUCACCAUCAUCAUCAUCAUCAUCGUCACUCGCUGAACUUGAGGGAUAGCGUUGUUUAAACCUGUAAUUGAAAGGAUAAACUAUUACAUUAUUUAUGCUAAAGAAGGU